UCCGCCGCCGCCGCCGCUGCCGCUGCCGCUGUCUUGCGUGCCGCUCGGCGGAGGGGCCGGGCCUGCGCUCUCUCCGCCUUCCUCCCCGCCUCCAGCUGCCGGCAAGACCAGUCUCCCACUGCCUGGGCCCCUGUGUCACCGUCUUCCCGGAGCACGAUGCCCCCCAAAAAGGGAGGUGAUGGAAUUAAACCACCAACAAUCAUUGGAAGAUUUGGAACCUCACUGAAAAUUGGUAUCGUUGGAUUGCCAAAUGUUGGGAAAUCUACCUUCUUCAAUGUAUUAACCAAUAGUCAGGCUUCAGCAGAAAACUUCCCAUUCUGCACUAUUGAUCCUAAUGAGAGCAGAGUACCUGUGCCAGAUGAAAGGUUUGACUUUCUUUGCCAGUACCACAAACCAGCAAGCAAAAUUCCUGCCUUUCUAAAUGUAGUAGAUAUUGCUGGCCUUGUGAAAGGAGCUCACAAUGGGCAGGGCCUGGGAAAUGCCUUUUUAUCUCAUAUUAGUGCCUGUGAUGGGAUCUUUCAUCUAACACGUGCUUUUGAAGAUGAUGAUAUCACGCAUGUUGAAGGAAGUGUAGAUCCCAUCCGAGAUAUAGAAAUAAUACAUGAAGAACUUCAGCUUAAAGAUGAGGAAAUGAUUGGGCCCAUUAUAGAUAAACUAGAAAAGGUGGCUGUGAGAGGAGGAGAUAAAAAACUAAAACCUGAAUAUGACAUAAUGUGCAAAGUCAAAUCCUGGGUUAUGGAUCAAAAGAAACCUGUUCGCUUCUAUCACGAUUGGAAUGACAAAGAGAUUGAAGUGUUGAAUAAACACUUAUUUUUGACUUCAAAACCAAUGGUCUACUUGGUUAAUCUCUCUGAAAAAGACUACAUUAGAAAGAAAAACAAAUGGUUGAUAAAAAUUAAAGAGUGGGUGGACAAGUAUGACCCAGGUGCCUUGGUCAUUCCUUUUAGUGGGGCCUUGGAACUCAAGUUGCAAGAAUUGAGUGCUGAGGAGAGACAGAAGUAUCUGGAAGCGAACAUGACACAAAGUGCUUUGCCAAAGAUCAUUAAGGCUGGGUUUGCAGCACUCCAACUAGAAUACUUUUUCACUGCAGGCCCAGAUGAAGUGCGUGCAUGGACCAUCAGGAAAGGGACGAAGGCUCCUCAAGCUGCAGGAAAGAUUCACACAGAUUUUGAAAAGGGAUUCAUUAUGGCUGAAGUAAUGAAAUACGAAGAUUUUAAAGAGGAAGGUUCUGAAAAUGCAGUCAAGGCGGCUGGAAAGUACAGACAACAAGGCAGAAAUUAUAUUGUUGAAGAUGGAGAUAUUAUCUUCUUCAAAUUUAAUACACCACAGCAACCAAAAAAGAAAUAAAUUUUAGCUAUUGUUCAGAUAAACAUACAAAUUCCAAAAGGCAUAGUUUUUUUGUUUUUUUUUUUUUAAUUAAAAUUUCUGAAAACUGAAGGGAUAAAUAAAGUUGGGGGACUGGGAUUCUUCUACAAACAAUUAUUUUUAUUUGUUUCAAAAUUAUAAAAUACCUUGUACCUCCAAUGAAAUGCAAGUUACUAAAUGUGAACAGCUUUCCUUUUCACGUGAUUAAGACCCUACUCCAAAUUGUAGAAGCUUUUCAGGAACCAUAUUACUCUCAUGAUACUUCAUUAAUCUCCAUCAUGUAUGCCAAGCCUGACACAUUUGACAGUGAGGACAAUGUGGCUUGCUCCUUUUUGAAUCUACAGAUAAUGCAUGUUUUACAGUACUCCAGAUGUCUACACUCAAUAAAACAUUUGACAAAACCAGCCUUGGUGUGUUUGGGGAUGUCUGUAUUGACUGACUAUGGUGUGCUAAAUGCGAUACGGCACCUGGUGGUUGCUGAUUACAGAAUUUUAAGGCAUGUGUAUGACACAGUAACUGGCAGUGUGGGGCAGCUGCAAUUGUAUCUUAAAAGUGAGUCUGUCAUGGGAAUCAGAAGAAUAGUAUGCCAGGGAUUUGUCUCAAAAAAGUUAAUUAAUUUGUAGAUGGACAUUAUUGAAAAAUGAUAGGACUAUUAUUAUAAAGUCUAUAUAACAUAGUUGUCUCUGACCAGAAGGAAAGAAAUUCUGUUUCAAAAAUUAAGGAAUUUUAUUAUUGUUGUUCUGACUAUAUUAAAAGAAGUCUUUGUUUUUAACCUUUUAUAUGAAAUUAUUAAAUUGUGAAAAAUGACCUAUUCAAUUCUGGUGGGUUAGACUUUUGUUUCAGUAUAGCAAUGCAUACAAAAGUCCAUAUGCUUGUUGUAAAACUACUAAAAGAUUAGAUUUAUCAUUUUAAAAUGUCAUACAUGCUAUUAAAAUACUUGGGGCCAGUUGAAAUUUUAGUGUGUCUAAAUUAAGCAUUUUUUUGGAAAGAAUAAUGACAAAUUAGUUAUUUGAAGACUGUUUGCCUCUCAGCCUUCUUCUCUGUGAUCACAAUGAAAGUCUUAGAAUUCUCUCAUCCCUGAGCUCUCCUUUUUUCUCCCAUGUUAACACUCUUGUGAGACCUCCUUAUCUCCAUGCUCCACCUUUUUGUGCUCCUCUAAUCUUAGGGCCAUUUCCAUGGAAUACAGAUUCAUACCCAGGCCAGCCUUUGCUUCACUGUAUUACUUUUCAUUGUAAGAUACAGAAGUGUAUGUUGCACAACGGGCAAAAAGAAAGGUGGAUUCUCAGGAAAAGCUGGCUAUGCCUAAGAAAGGAUAUUUUAAAGAAGGUUCUUUUUUUGAGUAUCAAAUAGUGAUCUCCUUUUGAUAACAUAAAAAUGAAUAAACUGCAGCAGAGAAAUAAGAAUAAAACUAAGUGAAGGAUUAAAAAAAAGAACUAAAACAUUAAUGAGACCAAGUUACAGGUAUAGUGUUGUGGAAUAUUCUUGUUAUUUUUCUGUAUUGGAGUAAUAUGUAGAUUAGUGGAUUAUUAGGUAUUUCAGCAGCAUAAGAAAUCAAAUACCUUACUUUCAAGUCUUCUCCAAAGUAAACUGCAUAGACUUUUUAAAGAAGUUGAAACAUUACUAAAAAGUCUUUAAGAUUGUGUAAUUUUAAUUUCUCUAAUUUCUGAUAUGGUAAUUGCACACUGUAGAACAAAAUCAUUAAUAAGAUAAAAGAGUUAGUUUUGAGGCAACUGCAUUCAUUAGGGACCGAAAUCAAAUAUUAAAAACGUUUCUGCAGGGCUGGGGAUAUAGCUCAGUGGGUAGAGUGCUUGCCUUGCAAGCAUAAGGCCCUGGGUUCAAUCCCCAGCACCUCAAAAAAAAAAGUUUCUGCAACAUUCUUAUAUGUGUGUACACAAAAUUGCAUUUUCUACAAAAGUUCAGAAUUAACAGUCCAAGAACUGUUUCCUGUAUAUAAUCUGUCUUCUUUAAGACUGGUGAUAGUCCAUAUAUUUUUAGGAUUAUAAAUAAAUAUUUUUGCACAUAAGUAGCUCCAUCUUAAUCGUAUUUGUAGUUAAAAGACAUUUGAUUUGUGUACAAAGCUUGAAAAAAGUUUGUGAUACCAUUAAGUUCAGUGUUCUCACAUUACCUUCAUAAUUUGCAUUUUGGGCAUGACUGAGAUCAGAACCAGGACUCCUGAAGAAGCACAAAUACUUUACAUCACUAACUUAGUUCGGAGUGAAGCUUCUGUUCCCUUAUUCACCAGUGCCAUGAUAGCUUAGUCUUUUUACCCACAAUUAAUCAACUUGCUAUGUUAGAAUUCUACCUGAUACCUGAUUGUCUUUGGUAUUUCCAAAGCUACUUGGUCACAACUCUGCCUCUUCUCAAUCAAAGUCAGAGACAGAGAAAAUCUCCUCUUUUCCAGCCUCUCAUAUUUUCUGACUACUUAAAUUCACUAAACACACUCUUCAUUUUGCCAGACUUCAGAAAAGUUGGUUUUUGCCAGGCACCAUGGCACACACCUUUAAUCUCAGCUAUUUGGGAGCAUGAGUCAGGAGAAUCUUGACUUUGAGGACAGCCUCGGCAAGUCACUUGGAAACUUUACACUGUUUCAAAAUAAAGAAAUUAAAAGGGCCGGAGUGAGGGAAUAGCUCAGUGGUAGGUGCACCCCCUUGGAUUCGAUCCCCAGUACUACAAAAAAAGAAGCCACAGUCAGGUUUGAGGGUAAGUCUGUAAUUCCAGUUACUGGAGGCUGAGGCAAGAGGAUCACAAGUUUGCAGCCAUCCUAGGCAACUCAGUGAGAUGGUCUCAAAAGGAGGGGUGGGACUGGGACUGGAGAGCACCCCUAUGCUUAGUCCCCAAUACCACAAAAAAAAGUUGAACUUUAAAUUGGAAAAAAUUGAUUGCAAUGCAUUUAAGUGUAUAGAAAUACAGUAUGAUGAUAGAAUAAAAGAGUUUUGACUGUU